ACUUGCCAAAUAAGGUAAAGGGCGGAACGCUGUUCCGGCUGUUCCCAUAGUGUUUGAGCCGCAGUUGAACGUGUGUCGCGGAAACCUCACAUCGACAUAUGAGAACAUCCAGUUGGGGGGGGCAGCAAAAAGUGACAAACCGGAAAAAUACACAUUAAAUAUCAUUGUUUUUCAACGGGGGAGUAAGCGCACAUAUUCCAAUUUUUCCCGAAAAAGUGUCGGAAAUGUCGUACGAAACCAAGUAUAUUUUUGCAACCUUACCACGAACACAACGUGGAAAUCCCCUUGUCCUUGGUGGUGACCCGAAAGGCAAAAAUUUUUUAUAUACUAAUGGAAACAGCGUGAUAAUUAGAAACAUAGAGAACCCAGCAAUCUCUGAUAUUUAUACCGAACAUUCAUGUGCCGUGAAUGUUGCAAAAUAUUCACCAAGUGGUUUCUACAUUGCUUCAGGAGACCAAUCUGGCAAAGUUCGCAUUUGGGAUACAGUGAAUAAGGAACACAUCUUGAAAAAUGAAUUUCAUCCAAUCGGUGGUCCGAUCAAAGACAUUGCUUGGUCUCCUGAUAGCCAGCGAAUGGUUGUUGUGGGAGAAGGACGGGAAAGGUUUGGACACGUCUUCAUGGCAGAUACUGGCACGUCGGUUGGUGAAAUUUCAGGCCAAAGUAAAUCCAUAAACUCGUGUGACUUCAGACCUAGCCGGCCUUUCAGAUUGAUAACUGGAAGUGAGGACAAUACCAUUGCAAUAUUCGAGGGUCCUCCUUUUAAGUUCAAAAUGACAAAACAAGAGCACACAAGAUUCGUUCAAGCGGUACGCUACUCGCCAUCGGGCAACCUUUUUGCGUCGGCGGGUUUCGAUGGUAAAGUUUUUAUAUACGAUGGAACGACAUCUGAUCUCGUAGGCGAAGUAGGCUCACCUGCUCAUCAGGGCGGCGUUUACGGGGUGGCUUGGAAACCCGAUGGAACCCAAUUGCUUACUGCAUCCGGGGACAAAACCUGCAGAUUGUGGGACGUUGAAACUCGAUCCCUCAUCACGGAAUUCAAUAUGGGAACUACGGUUGACGACCAACAGGUCAGUUGCCUAUGGCAAGGUGAACAUCUACUCUCUGUAUCGUUGAGUGGUUUCAUCAAUUAUCUCAACGUUAACGAUCCAUCGAAGCCUCACAGAAUAAUAAAGGGACACAACAAGCCAAUAACAGUAUUAACUCUCAGUCCGGAUCGAGGUACGAUUUACACCGGUUCUCACGACGGUCACAUCACCAAUUGGAACGCACUGACCGGUGAAAAUGAUCGUGUCAAGGGGCAAGGUCAUGGCAAUCAGAUAAAUGGAAUGAAAGCCUCCAACGAUUUGUUGUAUACAGCUGGAAUCGAUGACACCCUCAGGGCUGUUGAUAUUGCAACAAAUACUUAUACCGAGACAGCGACAAUAAAACUCGAUUCGCAACCUCGUGGCCUCGAUAUACAUGGCGAUCUGGUUGUGACAGCUUCGAUCCGACAGAUAAAUCUGACCCAAGGUGGUAGAAAAGUGGCCAAAUUACCGAUUGAUUACGAGCCCUCGUGCGUAAGCAUAAAUCAAGAAAAUGGAGAUGUCGCAGUAGGUUCAUCAUCCGAUAACAAAGUCUACGUAUAUGGGUUAUCCGGAACUGCUCUGUCGCUCAAGCUUGAGCUGGAACAUCUGGGUCCCGUGACUGAUGUAUCUUUCAGUCCCGAUAACAAAUACCUCGUCGCUUGCGAUGCCAAUCGGAAAGUUGUUCUGUACGUCGUUCCCGAGUACAAGGGGCUCGCGCACAAUCGAGAAUGGGGCUUUCACAACGCUCGAGUAAACACCGUGGCGUGGUCACCAGAUUCCAUUAUGGUUGCGAGUGGUAGUCUCGACACAACCAUCAUUAUAUGGAGCGUUACAAAUCCGGCAAAGCACACCAUUAUCAAGAACGCACAUCCACAGAGUCAAAUAACGCGGAUCGUGUGGCUCGACGAAGAAACUCUGAUUUCAGUCGGUCAAGACUGCAACACGAAGAUGUGGCGUGUCGAAAAGAUCUAAAUCGAUCAAAAAGUGUUUUUUUGUGUGUAUGUGUGACGCACGAUAAUCCUCCGCCCCAUUCUGACUCAAACUAUUGUGAAAGGCUUCAUUAACUUUUCAUGCAUUUAAUUUAAUUUAUUUGUAGCAUACAAAUAUUGUAUAUUAUUUUUGAAUACGAUUCUCAAUAUACAAUUUAUAUAUGAUCA